UAAAUAAACUUUAAGUGUGACUGACUAUAGAUCAAUCUGGAAUAAAACUUGAAGAAACUUCAAAAAGAGAAACAAUGACUAAAUUUCUCAUAAUAAGAAAAAAAAUUCUCAUUGAAAAAAAAAAAUGAACCAGACGGAAAACUUACAAAAACUUUAUAUGUGAUAAACGUCAAAUUUUAAAGUACUUAUCAAACGUAAGCAAAUAUUUUUUGGUUAUACCAAAAACCGAAAAUUUUGAUUUUGAUUUUGAUUUUGAAACAUAGAAAAAACCAUUUGUGAAGCCAUUUUGGUUGUUUUACGGUACUUUUAAUUGAAAAGUUAUGAAAAAAAGUUAUUGUUGAUGAAAAUUUUUUUUUCAAGAAUAAAACCUGCUAACAUAACCAAGAAAAACAUAUGUUUCAACAGCUGGAAGAUUUUUAAAACUUAAAUUUUACUUUACAAAACUUGAAAAAAUUUUAAACAUUGAUUUUUCAAUUUUAUUCAAAAAGUAUUAUCCUAGACACUUUGCAUGCAAAAACUUUGUAAAGUUUUCAAAAGUUAUUAAAAACUUUCUUAUAUCAGACAGAUCUUUUAUUGAUACGUCUUCUUGAAGACUCAAAUUAAAUAGUGAACGACAGCAUAACGUUUACUGUCAUAGUAUAGCAUAUACUUAACUUAAAUUCAAGAUAUAAAUUUUAAGAAAUUAAGAUGCCCCCAAAAAAAGAAAUUAAGGACAAAAGUAAGACUGGAAAAGCUUCUUCAGACGAUAAAAAAGCUUCAAAAGAAGUCAAAGGAGGAACUGCUGUGAAUGUGCGACAUAUUUUAUGCGAAAAGCAAAGCAAAAUAUUAGAAGCAUUGGAAAAACUUAAAUCUGGCCAAAAAUUCAAUGAGGUUGCAACAACAUAUAGUGAAGAUAAAGCUAGACAAGGUGGAAGCCUUGGUUGGCAAAGCCGAGGGUCUAUGGUCGGUCCAUUUCAAGAUGCAGCAUUUGCUUUACCUGUUUCAAACCUAAACAACCCUAUUUAUACUGAUCCACCAAUUAAAACAAAAUUUGGAUAUCAUAUUAUAAUGGUUGAAGGAAAGAAAUAAAACGAAGAUUUAAAAAAAGUAUGCGCCU